AUGCUCACCGUUGUCCGCAACAACGAGGUUGUCGAGGCUUCCAACAAGGCUGCUAUGCAAGAAGCAGAUAAACGAGAGAAAGAGGCGAAGAAGGCUGUGGUGUUCAGCAAGGCUGCAGCCCACGAGAAGGUCAUCGCCACAUCUUUCAAGUGCAUGCAGGAUAUCGAGGAUGGCAUUCUCCAGACUGAGGACAGCCUGAGCAAGCUCACGCACGAGCGGUACAGGGGCUUCGCUUAUCUCCAGGUUUGUGAACGUCGCCUUGAACUCCGACAAAAGCGGCCAGCCGCAGAAAUGUUCAAAGAUGCCGGCAUCCAAGCUUUGACUUCCGAGAAGCAGGCCUUAGAAGCAGCCCGGAAGGAGCUUCUGGAGCUUGAGGAGCAGGGGAAGAAAAUUGUAGGUGAGUUGAGGGACAAGCGGAAGUUCCUCUCAGAGGACACAGGGAUCCGGCGUUUGCAGAUGAUGGAGGAUCUAAAGACUCUGUCGCCACAGGUGGCGCUUCCACCUGUCAAGGGAAGCUCGAGUCCCAAGAGCAACAAGGAGCAAAAAGAGGAAAAAAAGGAAGAAAACACUGCAGACUCGGCGCAAGCAGAGAAGACCGAGCAAGCGGCAGAGUCGCAAGAGGAGCAGAAGAAAGCUGAGCAGGCUUCAAAAGAGCUCAUCGCGGACACUUUGAAGUUGUUGGAGAAGACCAGCUGUCAUCGCAACAAGAGUCUCGAGACAGUCUUCAAGGUCAAGCAGGACACCUCGCGGGCUAAUCAUCGAUCAGAAGACUGCCUUUCCAGGCGGACAGCUGAGCUGGCGGAGAUGAAAAAGCAGCUGGAGAAACAUGCCCUCGAUGUCGAGGCGGCCAUUCUCCGAGCAGAGCGUUCUCUGGAACGCACGGAGAGGAGGCUAGAUGUCAAGGAUAACAAAAAGGUGGAGAAGUUCAACCAGGCCAGGGUCUUGGUCAGUGUUUGCAGGAGUCGGCCCUUGGAAGGUUAG